CUUCAUUCAUUUGAAAGCCCAGAAUCGUAGAGUUCUAGAGAGAGAAAGUUAGAGAGAGAAAAAUGUCGCAGCCAGCUGAAGAAGACAAGAAGCCGAACGAUCAGUCUGCUCAUAUCAAUCUCAAGGUCAAGGGCCAGGAUGGGAAUGAAGUAUUCUUUAGGAUUAAAAGGAGUACUCAGCUGAAGAAACUGAUGACUGCUUACUGCGAUCGACAGUCUGUUGAACUCAACUCGAUUGCGUUUCUCUUUGAUGGACGUCGCCUUCGUGCUGAGCAGACUCCUGAUGAGCUGGAGAUGGAGGAAGGCGAUGAAAUUGACGCCAUGUUGCACCAGACUGGAGGCGGUUUUGGUGGUGGAGACUAUGUUUGAAGUUCUGAAUAAUGGUUUUUAUUUAUGAGAAGACUAUUUAUCUUAAUUAUUGUUCUUAGUUUUUACUGUUAGGUAGAUUAGAUUGAUGCAGAGAGAAUGAACAAACAAACAAACUCUAUAUAUGGUUGUAAUCGCCAUGUUAAUUUCUCUCUGUUUUAUAUCGAAUUUAAAUCUUGAAUCCAAUGUUUCUUUUUCCAUUAA